AUGAAUCUCAUCGAGAUCGACGAUGUCUUUUCUAUCCUUCAAUUCGAAUCAGAUCGAACAUUACCACUCAAAGAAAUUCUUGGUAUUUCAGUUAAAAAUAAACAAGACAAUUAUUCGUUUUUUAUCAUGCCUGGUAUUCGCUUAAAACUAGAAAAAAUUAUUCGAUCACUUCGUUCUCUUAUUCCAUCUAUUGAUUCAUUAUCAUCAUCAACUACAAAUGCUUUAACGAUUUCAUCUGAACUUGUUCAACAAUAUCCGUUCUUAGUCGAUCUUGUAUAUUCUCUCGAAUCGAACUUAUUGACUGAUUUUUCAUUGGACUUUCUUUCGAAUAUGAUAUCUAACGCAACACGUUCUAAAAGUUCUUUUCGUUAUAAACAAUCUAUAAAAGAUUUUGCUACUUCCAUGUUCAUUCUAGGAGGCCGUUGCGUUUAUGAAUUUGUUAGACUCAAUAUUCCUGGAUCCAUUCCUAGUUUAACUAGUCUACGUUUAAUUCUUACAUCGUCUAAAUGCAAUUUUAUCGAAGUACUUCCGUCGUACCAAAAAUCUCAUACGAUACUCGAUCUAACUAUUUCGUUGGGUGAGCUUGAAACGUGGUAUGAACAAAUAGAUAAAUCGGAUUUGAUCAAUGUACAUGAUAUUCAGCCAACUUGUCAUAUUGGUCAAGUGCCACCACCACCAUUUCUUCUUGCAGCAUAUGGGACGAAUAGCGUUUAUACAGGUAAAGAUGUUCUCGCCAGAUGGUCAAGAAUUUUCGAUUCAUGUAUGGCUCAAAAUAUUCGAGUAUUAGGUUUUUCAGCUGAUUGUGAUCCUAAACAGUUGAAAGCCAUGCGUGAAUCGAUGGGAUUCUUUUCAAGACAACCAACCGACUUUGAAGAUCAUCCGAAUUGCUUCAACAUUUCUUUACUCAAAAUCAUCCAAUUCGUUCGUUUCGCUUUCGUCGAGAAAAAUACUACUAUUAUUGAUCGUCUUUACUAUUCGUGGUGCGCCGUUUUCAUCGUUCGUUUGUGGUCUGCGUGGUUGGAAAGUAUAGACUCUGCUGACAUCGACGAAAAAAUUUUUCGUCUGCUUCCAAUUGAUUUUAGUACUCCUAUCUCAAAACCGCAAUUAUUCAUUACCGUGCCGUGUCUUUUCUCACUGGAACUGAAUGCGCAUAGUCUCACAUACCUUGCUGUACUAGUGGCGGAGCAAAAAAUAAGUGAAGAUGCUUUAAACGUUUCUUUAUUUAAUUCUCAAAUGUGUGAAAGCACCUUUCGCGCAGCUAGGUCAAUGUCUGGUCCAUUCUCGUCCGUUGUCAACUUCUCUGUUAAUGAAUUUCUCCAGCGCGUCGAAAAACUCGCUCUUCUCCAAACCAUUCGAUGGUCUUCGGAUUGUAAUAUGAACAACCUUGUAUUCCCUAAACAUCACAAGCAGUCACAAAACUCUAUGGCAGCACCCUCGACAUCUACAACAACAAUUACAAUUACUGAAGAACUACUAGAAAAAACUGUGUUUAACGCCUAUGUUCAAGCGAAAGAAAUUCUUUCUGGUUGUGAAUUUUCUAUACUUGAUUCUAGUGAAGAACUUAUAUCUUUCGACGAAGUAAAUCGGAUAGCAUACAAGAAGUUAACAAAAUCGAAAUGUAAAAUAUCUAAAAAGAAAACUAGUGCAUCAAACAAAGUCGAAGAAGAAGAAGAGGAAAUCGAAAACGAAUAUGAUGAUGACGAUAAGAAUGAGGAACAACAUCAACUCGACAAGCGUUAUAGUGAAAAUAACACCACGAAUGAAGACGAAGAAUCAAUGCUAAUCGACGAACUUGACUUUGAUGUUCUUCCAGAGGUGUCUAGUUCCACCGUCAAUGGAAUGCGUAUAUUUGAUUCUAUUGAUAACUGUCAAAAUGAAUCUUUCUUUUCUGUGGAAGUGAAUGGCCAGAAGAAAUACUUGCAUAAGCAAACAGCCAAUUGGUAUUUUUCUAAAACUAAACCUAUUUCGUCGUCUGAUAGACUAAAGAGGGUUCAAGAGAAAAAAUAA